GGUUCUUUUACAGACAACGUACUUCCUGUGGCGUCUAUCUUCUGUAAAGGUUGUUAAUAAUUAACAAGAACUAUUAAUAAAACAAUGGCAGACAAUGAAGCAGAACUUUUAGAUUACGAAGAGGAAGAACAAGAAACAACCAAUGAGGGAGCAGGAGAUGCCACUGCAAAGAAGGAUGUGAAGGGAACAUAUGUGUCGAUUCACAGCUCAGGGUUUAGAGACUUUUUGUUGAAACCAGAAUUACUUAGAGCUAUAGUAGAUUGUGGUUUUGAGCAUCCUUCUGAAGUACAGCAUGAAUGUAUACCACAAGCCAUUCUGUCCAUGGAUGUCCUGUGUCAGGCCAAAUCUGGUAUGGGAAAAACAGCAGUCUUUGUACUUGCUACACUUCAACAGCUAGAACCAGUUGAUGGUCAGGUUUCUGUACUUGUGAUGGCACAUACUAGAGAGCUGGCUUUCCAGAUCAGCAAAGAGUAUGAAAGAUUUAGCAAGUACAUGAACAACUUUAAGAUUGCCGUAUUCUUUGGUGGUAUGUCAGUCAAGAAGGAUGAAGAAGUCUUGAAGAAAAAUUGUCCACAUAUUGUUGUAGGAACACCUGGUAGAAUUCUUGCCCUUCUCAACAGCAAGGUUCUAGUCCUGAAGCAUGUCAAACAUUUCAUUCUAGAUGAAUGUGAUAAAAUGUUGGCUGAACUUGAUAUGAGAACAGAUGUACAGCAAAUCUUCAGAGCAACCCCACACGAGAAACAAGUGAUGAUGUUUAGUGCCACCCUCAGUAAAGAGAUCAGAGCUGUCUGCAAAAGAUUUAUGCAAGAUCCGAUGGAAGUCUAUGUUGACGAUGAUUCCAAGUUAACACUCCAUGGUCUUCAGCAACAUUAUGUCAAACUAAAGGAUAAUGAAAAGAACAGAAAAUUAUUUGAAUUGCUUGAUGUUUUAGAGUUCAAUCAGGUCAUAAUAUUUGUGAAGUCUGUGCAGCGUUGUAUGGCCCUUGCCCAACUGUUGGUAGAACAGAACUUUCCAGCUAUAGCAAUUCACAGAGCUAUGACUCAAGAAGAAAGGUUGUCAAGGUAUCAGUCAUUCAAAGAUUUCCAGAAAAGAAUCUUGGUUGCUACGAACCUGUUUGGUAGAGGAAUGGAUAUAGAAAGAGUCAAUAUUGUCUUUAAUUAUGACAUGCCAGAAGAUUCAGACACAUAUUUACAUAGAGUUGCCAGAGCAGGAAGAUUUGGUACUAAAGGCUUGGCCAUCACAUUUGUCUCAGAUGAAACUGAUGUUAAAGUUCUCAAUGAUGUACAAGAAAGAUUUGAAGUGAAUAUAACAGAGCUGCCAGAUGAGAUUGAUAUAUCUUCUUACAUUGAAGGAAGAUGAACAAACUGUGAUCUUUAUAAUGUUUGGAGGAAUUAUGGACACGUCAUGGAAUGGCAUUUUAUGUUGACUUUAUCAUGUGGGAACAAAACUCUUUUUUCUUGUGAAUCAAUUUAAACAAAACUGUGAUCAUUUAUGAAAUUGUUUUUUGUCAUAAAGAAUGAAGUACAUAAAGAUAAUGAGAGACUUCAGAUGUUAACAUGUCCAAUGUUUUUAUCACAUCAUUUAUAUUGUAAAUAAACCAUCUUCAUUCAUAUACUGUAAAUUGAUAAAAAAAAAGAAAAAAAUUGCAGAUGUUUUAGUUUUGAUUAUUUCUAGGGUUUGAGAUUUGCAGACAGGAAUAAAGAAUAUUUUUUGAAAAUUA